UUUGUGUUACGCGGUGACAUUCUGUGUAAAAGUAACCUGUUGAUUGGCGCUCUUGAUUGCACGGAAUAGAUAUUUAUAUAUGGUAAUAAGUUUGCAAAAAAAUUCGGGCAGGAAACGUAUAGGAAAUAAUAUAGCUAUUGUGAUGAGCCCAAACAAGGAAGCAGGAGAUACAAUACAGAAUGGAGGUAACGAGCAGAAUAUUAUCACCACCGAAAUCGACAGUGAAUGCCAUGGAAAAAAACUAGUUGGGUACCGAGGUAACUGGUACGACGUCACAAACUUUGCAGCCGUCCACCCAGGUGGUGACGUCAUCAAUAUGUAUGUCGGGAAAGAUGCCACGUUUGUUAUGGACGGAAUGCAUAGGUUUGAUGUCUUGAAGGGUAGAAGACCAGUCGGAAAAUACAAUAUUACGCGAGAUGCUUUCGGAGAAGAAAUGAACAAGCUUGAGAAAAAGUUACGUCAGGAAGGAUAUUAUGAUGAAAGUCUCGUCUUCAGCUUAGGCAAAUGCGGAUUUACCGUCUCAGUUCUUGUAUUGAUAUUUACACUUGUAAAUGUGGGAUUUUCCGAUUACAAUUGGGCGACUCGUUUUAUCACAGGCUUCCUGUUAGCUUUGUUUUGGCAGCAAAGUGGUAUUCUUAUGCACGACUUCAUGCAUAGCCAGGGUUUUAGGCGAAGAAAAUGGGACGAAAAAAUUGGUGUAUUUUUCGGUACGUUCUGCUUUGGGAUCAGCGCACGUUGGUGGAAAGACGAACAUAUCAUUCACCAUUCGUUUACGAACACGGUUUGUUACGAAACUGGAUUCGUAGACCCACAAGCGCAUGAGGACGUUUGGGCCCAGAAUGAGAAACUGUUUCCUUGGCAUAAAGACAGAUUUUCAGCCUAUUUAGUGAAGCUUCAGCAUUUCCUUUUCUUCCCACUUGCUGUAUGCGCUGGUCGUAUCGGGAUCACAGUCGAUUCACUGCUCAAAGAAAAUAGACGUGACGUUUGGGUUGCGUGGUUCGGUCAUGUGUGUUGGGUCACAAUCUUGCUAUCACAAUUUUCCACGGUCGGUGGCGCUGCAUCCGUGUAUAUAACUGCAGCCUUACUACAGGGUGUGCUUCAUAUUCAAUUGAUACUUAACCACUACUGUAAGAGGUUCUACACAAAAGAAGAGCACCAUUCGAUGGAUUACUACAGGGCCAUGAUAGAAGCUAACCUAAACAUUACUUGCCCUGUGUGGAUGGACUGGUUCCAUGGCGGUUUAAAUUUCCACCACGAGCAUCACUGCUUCCCUCGCUUGCCGCGGAAUCGCAUGCGAGAGGUUAGUCUGAUGAUUAAGAAGAUCUGCAAGAAGCAUGAUGUCUUCUAUGACGAGUGUUCCUUCUCAGAGGCUGUGCUGAGAACACUUUCAAAUAUGUUCCAUAAAAGUAUUUUAUUCCAACAGAAGUACCCGAAUUUAUAAAUUCAAAAUAGUCCACCAAAGGGUUUAUCCAUACUGUUUGUUUUACCUUUAGCAUACGGUUUAUUACGAGUUUUGGCGUUUUAAACAGAGAACCCAUGUUAGCGGGUCGGUUAAUAUUUAAAUUAACUUUAAUUAGGGCAGUUUAAUCUUCCCUAACCCAUUAUCGUCUUACCGCAAAUUUCCUUACCGCAAAUUGUCCCAAGAAAUUCUUAGUUCUUAUUUUGUGCCUCGUAUGUAUAAGUUGUAUGGGUCGUAUUCCACUGUUGUCUGUUGAUAUCUUAUUUUAUACCAAACACUAUCGCCUUGCACACUCAGCAAUAAAUAUAGACCUCCCUA